UGCUUAACAAUAUGAGCGAAAUAAUGAAACAAUAAAGAAAAUUUCUGAGAGGACGACUGAUUCAUUAUUUGAUUUGAUUAUUGGAACUACAAUAAUAGUGUGAUGAUAGCAGCUGCAAUUGGAGUUCGGAAAAAAGAGGGGCCUGGUUGGUGAGUCAGUGAGUCGCGUUUACACAAUUACACGGCAGCGAGUUGAAAGUUGAAACCCAAACUCGCUGUUGAAGCUGUGUCUGUACUCUCUCUGGCAGGCGUAGCUGUUACCUCACUCACUCACUGACUAACUCACUCGACUCGUUGGCGUGAACUCACUGGUUUGUUACUACUCUCAAAAGCUUUUAAGCUUCCUUCAUUCACUCCUGAACCCUAGCUAGCACGAGAAUGGGAGAUCAAGUCGACGAGAGGUUGGGAUCCGAUGGAUUGGACUCCGAUGCUGCUGGUGGCGCCGCCGUCAAGGCCGAUGAGCUCUGCAUGGAGAUCGAUCCGCCCCCGUUGCAGGAGAACGUCGCUACCGCUGAGGAUUGGCGGAGAGCACUCAGCAAGGUCGUCCCCGCUGUCGUCGUCCUCCGCACAACCGCAUGCCGCUCGUUCGACACUGAGUCUGCCGGUGCCAGCUACGCCACCGGCUUCAUCGUCGACAAGCGCCGCGGCAUCAUCCUCACCAAUCGCCACGUUGUCAAGCCCGGUCCUGUAGUUGCAGAGGCCAUGUUUUUGAACCGCGAAGAAGUUCCAGUGCAUCCAAUAUACAGAGAUCCAGUCCAUGAUUUUGGGUUCUUUCGUUAUGAUCCUGGUGCUAUACAAUUUCUGAAUUAUGAUGAAAUACCUCUUGCACCUGAGGCUGCAUGUGUUGGACUAGAAAUCAGAGUUGUUGGCAAUGACAGUGGUGAGAAGGUUUCCAUUUUGGCUGGUACUCUUGCUCGGUUGGACAGGGAUGCUCCUCACUAUAAGAAGGAUGGGUACAAUGACUUCAAUACCUUCUACAUGCAAGCAGCCUCUGGGACCAAAGGAGGAUCAAGCGGUUCCCCAGUUAUAGAUUGGCAAGGGAGGGCAGUGGCCUUGAAUGCUGGGAGCAAGUCAUCAAGUGCAUCAGCAUUCUUUUUUUGGUGAGCAACUAAACACAACUAUACUUUUCAGGUAGUGAGGGCAUUGAGAUUUAUUCAAAAGGGCAGUGAAACAUAUGUUGAUAAAUGGAAGGCAGUUUCUAUACCUCGUGGUACACUUCAGGCAACCUUUCUGCAUAAAGGUUUUGAUGAGACUCGCAGGCUUGGUCUAAAAAGCGAGACAGAGCAGAUGGUACGUCAUUCUUCUCCAUCUAGUGAAACUGGAAUGCUAGUUGUGGACUCUGCGGUGCCAGGCGGUCCAGCUUAUAAACAUUUGGAACCAGGCGAUGUGCUUGUUCGUGUCAAUGGGGAAGUCAUUACUCAGUUUCUGAAACUGGAGACUGUACUUGAUGACAACGUAAACAAGAAUAUUGAAUUACAAAUUGAAAGGGGUGGCACAUCGAAGAUAUUAUCUUUGUUGGUGCAAGAUUUACACGCUAUUACUCCUGAUUAUUUCUUAGAAGUAAGUGGGGCAGUGAUACAUCCUCUUUCUUAUCAGCAGGCUAGGAACUUCCGUUUUCACUGUGGUCUUGUCUAUGUGACAGAACCCGGAUAUAUGCUCUUUAGGGCAGGAGUUCCUCGCCAUGCAAUAAUUAAGAAAUUUGCUGGGGAGGAGAUAUCUUGUGUGGAGGAAUUGAUAUCAGUUCUCUCUAAUCUAUCUAGGGGUGCUCGAGUUCCUUUGGAGUACAUAAGCUACAUGGAUCGUCAUCGAAGGAAGUCUGUAUUGGUGACAGUUGACCGCCAUGAGUGGUAUGCCCCUCCCCAGAUAUACACUCGGGAUGACAGUACAGGCCUCUGGAUUCCAAGGCCAGCUUUUCAGCCUGACUCCUGUUUUCUAUCAUCUGGUUUUAAAAAUGUUGGAAAUAUCGCCAACCAUCCAGUUUCACUAAGUGGGGAACAUGUGCCUGAAGAUAACAAUCAUGGGUUGGCUGAUGGUGUCACUAGCAUGGAAACCAAUUAUGAAGAUCCUUCUGCAUAUGUAUCUCACCACAAUGCAUCUGAUGCUGGAGUGAAGAAACGAAAAAUGGAGGAAGAUUUACCUGCUGAUGGAAGUGUUGCUGAUGUUUCCUUAAAUGAAACUGGUGAAACAAAGGUCGGAAAACCAAAUGCUAUGCAGGAUGAUGUUUUAAUGGAUUAUCAGGGUGUAACUGCUGCAGCAGCAAAUGCAUCAGUUGCUGAGCGUGUCAUUGAGCCUACUCUUGUGAUGUUUGAGGUCCAUGUUCCUCCAUCUUGCAUGCUUGAUGGUGUUCAUUCACAGCAUUUCUUUGGAACUGGUGUCAUAAUAUAUCACACUAAAGAUAUGGGACUGGUUGCAGUUGAUAAGAAUACAGUUGCAAUUUCUGCCUCUGAUGUGAUGCUAUCAUUUGCUGCUUUCCCAGUUGAAAUUCCAGGAGAGGUGGUAUUUCUCCAUCCUGUUCACAAUUAUGCUCUCAUAUCAUAUGACCCCUCUGCUUUGGGACCUGUUGGUGCUUCAGUCGUUCAUGCAGCAGAGUUACUUCCAGAGCCAGCAUUACGUCGAGGGGAUUCUGUUUACCUAGUUGGGUUGAGUAGAAGCCUUCAAGCAACCUCUAGGAAAUCUGUUGUCACCAAUCCUUGUGCUGCACUAAAUAUAGGAUCUGCUGAUUCCCCACGUUACAGAGCAACUAAUAUGGAAGUAAUUGAGCUCGAUACUGAUUUUGGUAGUACAUUCUCAGGUGUGCUAACAGAUGAACAAGGAAGGGUCCAAGCUAUAUGGGGAAGCUUCUCUACUCAGUUAAAGGGGGGUUGCAGUACAUCAGAGGAUCAUCAAUUUGUGAGGGGCCUUCCAAUUUAUGCGAUAAGUCAAGUUCUUGAAAAGAUUGUAUCCGGUGCAAAUGGGCCACCUCUUCUAAUAAAUGGUGUCAAACGGCCUAUGCCCCUUGUGAGAAUUUUAGAGGUUGAACUUUAUCCCACAUUGCUUUCUAAGGCUCGGAGUUUUGGAUUGAGUGAUGACUGGAUUCAGGCACUUGUUAAGAAAGACCCAGUAAGACGGCAGGUUCUACGUGUUAAAGGUUGCUUGGCUGGAUCUAAGGCUGAGAAUCUUUUAGAACAAGGAGACAUGGUGUUGGCUAUUAAUAAAGAACCAGUGACAUGCUUCCGUGACAUUGAAAAUGCUUGCCAAGCUUUAGACAAAUCUAAUGCCAAUGAUGGGAAGCUUCACAUAACUAUUUUUCGGCAGGGACAAGAGGUCGAGCUUCAGGUGGGAACAGAUGUUAGGGAUGGAAAUGGCACAACACAUGCAAUUAACUGGUGUGGCUGCAUUGUUCAAGAUCCACACCCCGCAGUACGAGCUCUUGGAUUUCUUCCUGAAGAAGGCCAUGGUGUAUAUGUGGCUAGGUGGUGUCAUGGCAGCCCUGUACAUAGAUAUGGUCUAUAUGCUCUACAGUGGAUAGUUGAAAUCAAUGGGAAGCCAACUCCAAAUUUAGAUGCUUUUGUUGAUGUGACAAAGGAACUAGAGCAUGGGGAGUUUGUACGUGUGAGGACAAUUCACCUAAAUGGAAAGCCACGGGUCCUAACAUUGAAGCAAGAUCUGCAUUAUUGGCCUACGUGGGAAUUGAGAUUUGAUCCAGACACUGCAAUUUGGUGUCGCAAUAUAAUCAAAUCGUUGAAAUGCAGUACUGUAUAAGCAGAGUAUAUUAUUGGCAAACAAAACACUAUAGAACCAGCAGCUGAGAGCACCUGAAAUCUUGUGGAAGGCAUCUGUGAGGUUUUCAGACAUGCCACUCAAAAUUGUUGUGGUGUUGCAGAUUUGAUGCUCUGCCUGGAGAUGUCUACUGCAUCGCCUUGAUUGGUGAGUUAUAGAGUAUUCAAUCCAUGCUGGCAAUGUUAUUUUUGGAUCAUGUACUGCAUCAUUGAACCCGUCGCUUAAUUAUACUAUAUAUGCUGGAAACGUUGGGUAAUAAAAGGUAAAUUAAAAAUAAAUAUAUACUUAUCAUUUUUUUAGGUUAUUGAAACCAGAAAGCUUCUGUGUGGUUUCUCUUGGCUUUUGUAUAUCUUAUCACUAUGAUGCCUUUAGCAUCCUCACUUGCUCUUUCAAUGUAAAUGUGAUGGAAAAAUUCGGUAGUAGUAAUGUAAUUUUUGAAGA